AUGGCUCAGGUCGUUUGCUACCUCAACCAGGGCGGCAACGACUAUGACGGCCGCCAGGGCGCUCACAUCUCCGCCAUCUUCGUCGUUCUGGUUGUCUCUACCGCCGUCACCUUCUUCCCUGUCCUGGCCACCAAGCAGACCAAGGUCAAGAUUCCGCUCUAUGUCUAUCUAUUCGCGCGUUACUUCGGUGCCGGUGUCAUCAUUGCUACUGCCUUCAUCCAUCUCCUCGACCCUGCUUACAGCGCAAUCGGUCCCAACACCUGCGUUGGUAUGACCGCCGGCUGGAAUUCGUACUCAUGGGUCCCGGCCAUUGCUUUAACCUCAUCCAUGUUCAUCUUCCUCAUGGACUUCGCCGCGGAGCGUUACGUCGAGAAGAAGUAUGGCCUAAAGCAUGGCCACAGCGAAGUGGUCGCGGUCGGCACCGACGGUACCCAGAAGCGGGUGGGCCAUAGCACUCACCAACAUCUGCACUCGGGAGACCAAGACGCUGAACCCAAGAGUGCCCAAGUCGCCGAUGAAUCAUCAGACGCAAGCCUGAAGCAGGGCGACAGCGAAUCGCUCGCCGAGCGCUCUUUCCGCCAACAGAUCGCUGCUUUCCUCAUCCUCGAAUUUGGUGUCAUCUUCCACAGUGUCAUCAUCGGUCUGACCCUCGGUUCCGCUGGUGAGGAAUUCUCAACUCUUUACGUCGUUAUCGUCUUCCACCAGUCCUUCGAAGGUCUCGGUAUCGGCGCCCGAUUGUCCGCCAUCUCCUUCCCUCACCGCCUUCGCUGGAUGCCCUAUGUCCUCUGCGCAGCCUACGGUCUCACCACGCCCAUCGCCAUCGCCAUUGGUGUCGGCCUCGCCACCGUCUACGACUCGGGCUCCUUCACCGCGCAGAUCGUCUCCGGCGUCCUCGACUCCACCUCGGCCGGUAUCCUACUCUACACUGGCUUCGUCGAGCUCUUGGCCCGCGACUUUCUCUUCAACCCAGACCGCACGGACGACGACAAGCAGUUGGCGUUCAUGCUCGUCUCGCUCUUCCUCGGCGCUGCGCUCAUGGCGUUGCUCGGAAAGUGGGCUUGA